AUGGAAUUGGCGCCGACCAACUUGGACCGCGCGAUCCGGCGACUGGCCGCGGCCGGCCGGACGGCGAGCACGGGUCAUGGCAAGCUGUACGCAUACCAGAUGUUCAGGGGCUUGGGGUACGUGCACGAGACGGCCGGGCUGUGCCAUCGAGACGUGAAGCCCAGUAACCUUUUGCUGUACCCGGUCACGGGCGUGCUCAAACUGUGCGACUUCGGCAGCGCCAAGGACCUGUUGGACGGCCGGCCGAACACCCGGUACGCCUGUUCCCGCCGCUACCGAGCGCCAGAGCUGUUGUUCGACCAACCACCGGACGCGCCCGACUACACAGCCGCGGUGGACGUGUGGAGCGCCGGUUGCGUGUACGCCGAACUAAUGGCGGGCGCUCCCCUGUUCCCGGGUACCAGCGUAACGCACCAGCGAGCGUUGGUCGCGCGCCCUCCGUCGUUUCCGAGAUGGGCCCCGWCCGACGCGAUCCGGCUGGUAGCGGCCACGCUCAGGUUCGACCCAGCCGCCAGGCCGACGGCGUCGGAAGCGUGCGAUCACGGGUGUUUUGACGCGAUCAGACGACCGGGUGGCCAUCGUCUGCCACCGCUGUUCGAGUUCGACGACCACGACUAUGCCGAUGACAAUGACAACUAUUAUGACGACUACGACGGAUACACAUCAUCACGAGUCUGAGGAUAUUUUGAG